CAUUCAGCGUGGUUGGAAGCAGCCUCUUACGACCGUGCAGUUGCUACCGGAUAUUAUUGGAACUACGACUUUCUCUCUAAUUGCCUGACAGGAUUGAGAUGUUACAUUUUAGGUUUUCGUCAGUGCUGAAGGAGUUGUUUCAAACCACCCUCAAGCGUCCCUUGUCCGGCUCUAGACAGAAGACCUGGUUACCGACCCGCCACUGCUGCUUCGGCGCCGCCUCCGUUGAUGCCAGAGCUGUCUCUCCUCAGCUGAAGCUCCUCCAUGCCGCUCCGCACCGCCCGGCGCUCCGCACCGCGCCCUGUGCCGCCCCGCUUCGCUCCUACUGCACAAAGACUGAAGGAGCAGUGGAGCUGGAUGAACAGCUGAAGAAGGAUGGUCUCAGCAGUGAAGCAGCCGGUGACAAAAGAAGAAAUGCCGGCAUUCUCCCCAGUUUGGAGGACCUGCUCUUCUACACAGUGGCAGAAGGUCAAGAGACAAUUCCUGCUCAUAAAUUUCUCACAGCACUUAAAGGCACUGGGCUUCGCACCGGAGACCCCAGACUGAAGGAAUGCAUGGACACCCUCAAAGAGACUCUAAAGAACACCACAGAUGGGGUUACGCUGGACAGGCACCUAUUCAAGAAGUGUGUCCAGAGCAACAUUGUCCUGCUCACUCAGGCCUUCCGCAAGAAGUUCGUCAUCCCAGACUUCCAGUCCUUCACCUCCCAUAUUGAUGAGCUGUAUGAGAGUGCCAAAAAUCUCUCUGGAGGACAGGUUGCAGACUACAUUCCUCAGCUUGCCAAAUUCAGCCCUGACCUGUGGGCCGUCUCCCUGUGCACAGUGGAUGGACAGAGACAUACAGUAGGAGACACUAAGGUCCCCUUCUGUCUGCAGUCGUGUGUCAAGCCCCUGAAGUAUGCUGUUGCUGUUCAUGACCACAGCACAGAGUAUGUGCACAGUUUCAUCGGGAAGGAGCCCAGUGGCCUGCGCUUUAAUAAGCUCUUCCUGGAUGAGGAUGAUAAGCCCCACAACCCCAUGGUGAAUGCUGGCGCUAUAGUUUGUACCUCACUGAUACAGCAAGGUGCAAGCAACGCAGAGAGAUUUGAUUAUGUCAUGAACUUUCUGAAAGACAUGGCAGGAAACGAGUACGUGGGUUUCAGCAAUGCCACAUUCCAGUCAGAGCGUGAGUCAGGAGACAGGAACUUUGCCAUCGGCUACUACCUGAAAGAAAAAAAGUGUUUCCCAGAGGGGACAGACAUGACAUCUGUACUGGACUUCUACUUUCAACUUUGUUCCAUUGAGGUGACCUGCGAGAGCGCCAGUGUCAUGGCAGCCACCCUGGCUAACGGCGGCAUCUGCCCAAUCACAGGCGAGCGUGUGCUGAGCCCCGAGGCGGUGAGGAACACCUUGAGUCUGAUGCACUCCUGUGGCAUGUACGACUUCUCAGGACAGUUUGCUUUCCACGUCGGUCUGCCAGCCAAGUCUGGAGUAUCGGGAGGGAUCCUGCUGGUCGUACCAAACGUGAUGGGUAUUAUGUGCUGGUCACCACCACUAGACAAGCUGGGCAACUCAGUCAGAGGAAUACAGUUUUGCACGGACCUUGUGGAGCUUUUCAACUUUCACAACUACGACAACUUGAGACACUUUGCCAAGAAGCACGACCCUCGCAGAGAAGGAGGGGACCAGCGGCAAUUCUCCUUCGGACCCAUGGAUUACGAGAGCCUCCAGCAAGAGCUAGCUCUGAAAGCCCCUCUUUGGAAAAAGGUGUCCCCCACUGAGUCGCACCAGGACAGCUCCACCACUGUAGUUUAUAGAAUGGACAAUGUCGCCAAGUGAAAAUUGCGGGGGGGGGGGGGACCCACCGAUCUCCCACACCCCCACCACCUCGGCUGAUCUCUCUCCCCACCUCUCACAAAGACACCACCUCCUCACCCUCGAAUAUUUAAAUCUAAAUUAUGUAGAGGAUUAUUUAUUGCUUGUGAAGCGGUUACUGUGUGGCUGGGAAGCUUCUGUUGUUUUUGUUUGUGAUGGAAAAAUGGGAAGAGUUACUGCUUGUUAGUUUUGCUCUGAAUUUCAAAUGAACUCUAAAGGCCAAAACACACCGCUGCUGAACGGCGCUUCAAAACAGCCGCCCCGCUUAUAUUCCAUCUACAACCCCACACUGUGUUUGGCAAGGAGUACGUUGGUGCUUGUGGACAUGUCGCCCUGCAACACACCCUCGCUGCUCCUAAAAAAAACCCACACUUUUUCCUCACUCACUCCCUGCUUGUACGUCCUGGCUUUCGUAGCAGCACUACGUCUCGCCUCACCAUGAAUGUAGAAAGAAACUCUCACCUUUUGCUUUCCCAAAUGUGUGUUGAAGAUUAUGCUGCCUUCAUGUCAUCCUUGUAAAUAUGGAUUUUCUGUAUUUAUGAGUUACAAGCACAUGAACGACCCUCCAAAGUCAUGAUUGUGAAUGGGAAAGUGGAAAAUUUCGAUUAUACCUGAGUUGCUGAGCUGUGACGUUUGCAGGAUGUUUCAGGGCAGCAGAUGGCGGAAAGCAUGCAAACAGUGUCAACAAUUGUCAGUAAAAAACAUUACUUAUGUCCUUUUUUGUUCCUAGUAGCUAUUAUUUACUUUAAGUAGUUGCACAUCUUAGUAUAUGCAUCUAUUAGCUGUACGUAUUAGCAAGCAAAUUUUUAACUUUAAAGCAUACCAGGCAAGUAUUUGCAAGCAUUUUAAACUUGCUCUUUAAAGCAGCUGAUUUAUGUUGCAAUUACCUCUGCAACACCUUAAGCCCUUAUUCACUGAGACAACAUAAAGCUAGUUUGCUAAGCAUAUAAGCUUAUAAAUAAACAAAUUAAAAAGUCAGCAACAUUCUUGAUGUGAAUUCCAUGUGCUUUGUUCCUUCGCCAAAGCACAAGGGAGCUCUGUGCUGCUUGCUUUUGCUAAAACAUCAGCUACAAAAAAACAACGUCUUUACUUCUAGUGUCCAUGUUUGUAGCUUUAUUUCUGACAAGUGCACUUGAAUGCCACUAUGUCGUAAUUACAACUGUGUGCAACUGGGAAGUACAAUAUUUCAGAGGAUCACGUGAGAACAGCAUUAGUAGUUGUUGAGGUUGACUAAUGCGUGACCCACAAUCCCAUCAUUACAAAGAUAGUAGCAGAACUGAUAUUGCCUGGUGAGCCAUAGCUCUGGAGAUUCAGGUGAUUAAUCAAAUUUUAUCAGCGGGUGUCCACACAUGAUUUUAAGCUAAUGGCUUCAGAUCUUUUAGUAAAAGUAGUUGGGUCUUUGAUGAGCUGCAGAGCGAUGCAACUGUUGUUGCUACAGGCGGCACUCGACUAGCGUCAUACGACAUGGCGCCACAGCAGCAGUGUUUUUUCAGCUUAAGCUUCCUCCUGCUUCUUGCCCCAGUGUGUGUGUGUGUGUGUGUGUGUGUGUGUGUGUAGGAUCUGGUGUACAGUAAACAGGCUGUGAGCUUGUUUCAUCUCACCCCCUUUAUUGCAAUAUGUUUCUAUGACAAAAAUGUAAGCUAAGGGUUGAUUUGAAAUUCAGUUUUAUUUUAACCAAAAGAUAUGUGUAUGAGUGUUUUUGCAUGUGUAGAGCUUUAGCUCAGAGCUGCAGACCAACAGUCUUAAACUCUACAUUCAGACUACUUUCCAGUGACGAUUGCUUACUGUGGCGCACACUGAGGCCUUAGACUCUGGUGAUUGUAGCACAUCAAUACAGAUGCUAGAAGUGCCGUAAUACGAUGAAAAUAGAUCAUUGAUGGAGAGUUUUAGGUCAAAGGAGUCGGCUGUGAAUGCCUGGGCUGGAGUGCAGCAGUGUUAUGAUGUAGCUUCUUAAAAAAUUAGCUGUGAAUUCUGAAGGGAUUUAAAUAUGCAGGUAUUUUGCUUUUUCAAUCUUCAUGUUUGACCUUGAAAGGAAAAAUCAACCCCAAAACUGAAAGCUCGUCUGAGCUACUGUCAUGAUGAGUUUCUCAGCCUUCUGGUCAGGACACAGUCGAGGAGCCACAGAGCUGAUUACACACAGUUAGUCUCUGAUCCUCUUUGGAAGUUUAUUUCCUAAGUAGAUUUUUUUCUGCACAACUUACAAGAACCUCUACCAUUUCUCUGUAGAUGGUUAAAUGCUAAAAGACAUUACACUCACUUACAGAUGUCUGAAGUGGAAUAAUUGCAGACAUUUGUGAAAUGAGGUUCCCUGGAGCCCUCUAUUGUAGACACUUCAUUAGCUGUAAUUACUCUUGAUGGUUAACUUUCAUUUUAAUGACUUUGAAUUAUAGCAUGUCUGCCUCCCUUUAUAUCUUUUAAAAAAUAAUGUGCAAAAAAGACCAUGACUUGACAGCUGAGAAACAUGGCUCUGAAAUGAUGACAUAAUGUAAAGAGAAAAAGGACUUCAAAUUGACUUGAACCUGUUGGUGUUUUCACCUGAGCCAGUUGAGGCUGAUUUUUCAGAUGACAAUGUGGGUGUGGAAAAAGAGGCUUGCUCAGGAGAGAGGUGAGAUGGCUAAAACAACAUGCUGAUUUCAUUUCUGCUCAUGGGGACUUUUGCUUCUCUUGAUUGUCCUUAUUCACCUGGACCAGUUGCAUCAUUCUGAGCUGCUGUUGAGUUUAGAUGUGUGUGUGUGGCUGGCUGCCAUGUUGGUCAAGGUUAGUGAGUAUACUCAAUGUGACACAGGCAGAAGGGUGGCGUGUGUUUAUUGCUGCAACCUCAAGUUAAAGCCCCUCGUAGCCUCCAUGCGUCUGAGUUGUCAUAUAGCCUGUAAAGGCAGAAUGAGAAGGAUUUGUUGGUUUCAGUGUGUAAACACACACAACAUCCAAAGCCGGCCCCUCCGACACAACUCAAAUGCUCUUCUUGCUCUGAUCAUUUUGAUGAAGUCUCGCUCUCACAUCCUGCUCACUGUUACUGGCUGGAGGCCACACACCACUGUCCAAAGGUCGCUGCCCAGUAACUUCCCAAAAACAGCAAAAUAAGAAAAUACAGGUAGAGAGCAAUGUCUCUGCAGAUACAGACACCAACACACACUUCCAGUGGAUCAUAAGUGAUGAUUGAGAGAUUUUACUUUUAUAUGAGACUGUAAAUUUGGGAUGUAAGUUUUGGUUAAUUCUGCUUUUUAAAGGUAAUUAACUGGUUAAUUUUUAAGAGGAAAAAAAGACAUAAAAACAAAAAAGCUUAUCCUUUAAGUCUGGCGCCCCACUGACUCAGUGGGCAUAGCAUUGCAUCUUUUAUCCAUUUUGAAGUGGUAAAAUUUUAAUGAUGAAAAUGCCUUGACAUUUAUUUUAUUUUCUGUUGGCUUUGUUGUCAGACCGCAGGCCGGCGGCUUUAGCAUGUGAAAACUUUACCGUGGCCCAGCCUCCAGUCUCCUCAACCUCUCUGCACUGUACGUCACCCAGGUGCUGUGAGAGCUAACAUUACCGAGCUAGGGGCAACGCUUAUUUGCUGAUCAACCAAUUACGUAGAACCUGUGACAGAAGCCCCCAGGAUGUGCUCCAGGCUUUGAAGCAAAUUUUAUAUAGUGGCCAAAAGUGGAAUUACACUGUCCGGGUCUGUCACGUGAUGCCAUGGGGCCC